AUGGGCUUAAGCUUCUUCGAUCAAUUUAUAGCACCACUUUAUUUAGGAAUUCCGCUUAUUGCCAUGGCAUUAGUGUUUCCUUGCCUCCUUUUUCCUACCUUAACGACACGAUGACUAAACAACCGUCUCACAACACUCCAAGGCUUGUUCAUCAACCGCUUUACCCAUCAACUACUAUCACCACUAAAUGUAGCAGGUCACAAAUGAGCCCUUCUCUUCGCUUCCCUAAUACUAUUUCUUAUUUCCAUUAAUUUACUAGGCCUUCUUCCAUAUACCCACACGCCCACUGCUCAGCUAUCCCUAAACCUGGGAUUCGCUGUCCCUCUUUGAUUAGCCACAGUAACUAUUGGGUUCCGAUACCAGUUUAACCAUGCCCUUGCACACUUUCUCCCAGAAGGAACCCCUAACCUCUUGAUUCCUGUUUUAAUUAUUAUCGAAACUAUUAGCCUUUUCAUUCGCCCCCUUGCACUAGGAGUACGACUAGCAGCUAACUUAACAGCCGGACAUUUACUUAUUCAAUUAAUUUCCACAGCUGUCUUUGUUCUCUUACCAUUAUUACCUUCUGUAGCAAUUGUUACAGCUAUGGUUCUUGUUCUUCUUACCCUCCUAGAGAUUGCCGUAGCAAUAAUCCAAGCUUAUGUAUUCGUUCUACUCCUAACACUUUAUCUUCAAGAAAACCUCUAA